UCGCCCGUCUGCAUUCCUCGUCCUGCUCUUUGCUGUGCUGUGCAUCUUCCCCCCAACACCCAAAACCACACAAUAUAGGUACGUCGCAGCACCCGGGGCGCCGCUCCUGCCUGCUCUGCGGUCCCCCUCCACUCCACACCACUCUCCCGAUCCUCGCCCCUCACAAGCUCCUGCCGUAGCGCCGUCGUCGUCUCGGGAUUAUCGUCGGGUGUCCACACCGCGUGUUUCUGAAUCUUCGCGCCUGCCGCUGCUCUUCAUCUUCUGCCCACUGUCUCUUCUCUCCGCGAACUGCCUACUCACGCCCGCUGCAGUCUGACGCCGCACACUUGACACACCUGCAACAUGUCUGCCAAAUCCAUCCUCGAGGCCGACGGCAAGGCCAUCCUCAACUACCACCUCACCCGCGCCCCUGUCAUCAAGCCCACUCCUCUGCCCGCCUCGUCGACACACAACCCUCCGCCCAAGCUCGCGUCGCUGUACUUUGCAGCCGACGCCGACAUCAAGGGUGUGCUCGACCAGGCCGAGGUCACAUACCCGUGGCUGCUGGCUCCCGGCGCCAAGUUCGUUGCAAAGCCAGAUCAGCUGAUCAAAAGGCGAGGCAAGAGCGGUCUGCUGGCCCUGAACAAGCCCUGGGCGGAGGCUCGCGACUGGAUCGAGGCGAGGGCAGGAAAGGCACAGAAGGUCGAGACAGUCGACGGCGUCCUGAGGCAGUUCCUGGUCGAGCCCUUCGUCCCCCACCCCCAGGACACCGAGUACUACAUCAACAUCAACUCCGUGCGCGAGGGUGACUGGAUCCUCUUCACCCACGAGGGUGGUGUCGAUGUUGGUGAUGUCGAUGAGAAGGCUGAGAAGCUUCUCAUCCCCGUCGACCUGACGGAAUACCCUUCCAACGAGGAGAUUGCUGCUACUCUCCUGAAGAAGGUGCCCCAAGGUGUUCACAAUGUCCUCGUUGACUUCAUCUCGAGGCUGUACGCUGUCUACGUCGACUGCCAAUUCACCUACCUCGAGAUUAACCCUCUCGUCGUUAUCCCCAACGAGGACAAGACCUCUGCUGAGGUUCACUUCCUUGACCUUGCUGCCAAGCUCGAUCAGACUGCUGAGUUCGAGUGCGGUGCUAAGUGGGCUAUUGCUCGCAGCGCAAAGGCUCUCGGCAUCCCAGUUGCUCCCUCCAAGGACACCAAGACUACCAUCGAUGUCGGUCCCCCGAUGGAGUUCCCUGCUCCCUUCGGUCGUGAGAUGAGCAAGGAGGAGGCUUACAUCGCUGAGAUGGAUGCUAAGACUGGUGCGUCCCUCAAGCUCACCAUCCUCAACGCAACUGGCCGCGUCUGGACCCUCGUUGCCGGUGGUGGUGCUUCCGUCGUCUACGCCGAUGCCAUUGCCUCUGCUGGUUUCGCCGGUGAGCUCGCCAACUACGGUGAGUACUCUGGUGCUCCCACAGAGACACAGACUUUCCACUACGCACGAACAGUGCUUGACCUCAUGCUCCGUGCUCCCCAGCACCCUGAGGGCAAGGUCUUGUUCAUCGGUGGUGGUAUUGCCAACUUCACCAACGUUGCCUCGACCUUCAAGGGUGUCAUCCGCGCCCUGAGGGAAGUCGCUGGUUCCCUGAACGAGCACAAGGUCCAGAUCUGGAUCCGUCGUGCUGGUCCCAACUACCAGGAGGGUCUCAAGAACAUCAAGAACGUCGGUCAGGAGCUCGGCCUCAACAUGCACGUCUACGGCCCUGAGAUGCACGUAUCAGGUAUCGUACCUUUGGCGCUCAUCCCUGGAAAGACAACGGACAUCAAGGAGUUCUCUGGUUAAGCGUGCAAUUUGUAACAUAGGAGCUUAUGGAUCACGGCUAGACAAAGAGUAACGUUUGGGGAGCGUGCAUGGAGUAUUUGUUUGGGCGAACUUGUUGCUGACGCCGAGACUUUGUCGAGCCUAGAGUAGGCGGGCAGCUCUGAAAUAUAAGAUUUAAUACUUCUCUCACACCGCGCUCAUUGCUCACGCUCGUGCGGUCUGGUGCAUUUAAAGAUUGCAAGGCCUUUGCCGGGUUUGUAUGAACUGUUGCUUCAGCCAAAGUAUAUCACGUCUUUGGUAGCCCAAGACGCG